AUGUUACAAAAAGCACUUAAAGCUUUUUCAAGAGUUUCAGCCAAAAUUGAUUACACCAAGGACUACUAUAAAAUAUUAAAGCUUCCUCCUUAGGCUGACCAAUCCUAAAUUCGAAUCCAUUACUAUCAAUUAGCGAAGAAGUACCAUCCAGAUUCAUAAACACCAAACAGUGAAAAAUAUUAAAAUGUAUAAGAGGCAUUCAGAAUUUUAUCUGAUUUAGAAUAUAGGCAAAAAUACGACUAAAAACGAGUAGUCAAUUCAGAUACAGCAAGGUAAACUGAUUAAAAAGAGAAAAAUGAUAAUAAUACACAUGUAGGAUAUUUUGACUAGAUGAGCUAAUAAUAAUUUGAGAAGAAAGAUGAUGACAUAUGGAAAUUAAAGAUUACUGUUAAAUAAGGAUAAAUUCAACAUAAUUACUAUUUUAGUGAAACAGAAUUAAAGGAAAAAUCAAUUAACUGCUCAGAGUUUGAGAAAGUCACUUCUGAUUUAAUUACUAAUCUCAAAUUGAAUCAAGCAUCAAUUGAAGAAUAUAAAAAUUCAUCCUUCUCUUCAACCUCCGUUUUGAAAAAAGUGGCUGAAAUAGCAUUUUUAAUAAUGGCAAUCUUUGUUUCAAAAAAGAAAUGA